AAAAUUUAUUUUGUUUUCUAAUUAUGGUAAUUUUACCUUUCUCUUUCCGACCCACCAUCAAACGCGGUCCACAAAUCACCAAUAAAUGCCCUUCUUCUUCCGUUAGGGUUUCGCAGCCAUUUCUCGAUUUCUUCGUUGUCUUCUUCUUCUUCUUUGCUCUCUCUAUCGCUUUCCUUCACUGCUUCGAGCUUUCAUUAUACAUCUCUCGGCGGCUUAAUUAGGGUUUCUUCACCUUCAAUUUGGGUUUAAUUCUAUACACUGUUAUCGCAAUUUGAGUCCGUGAUUAAUGUUUUUUUUUGUCAUGUGAGAAUGCCUGCGACGGAUUAUCAGGGAUCGUCAGCGUCGUUUGGCCGUUCUAUUUUGAGCCUCCGCCGUGACCAGGUUCAUUCAAUGGAAGCCACGCAUGAGGCAUCCAGUUAUGAGCUGGAGCUUGAAGCUUUUCAAAGGAAGGUAGCGGAACGGUUCGUGGAUCUGUCUUCAGUCGGGUCGGAUGAUUUACUUUCGCUAUCGUGGAUCCGGAAGCUGCUUGAUUGUUUCCUGUCUUGUCAGGAGGAGUUUAGAGUUAUUCUGUUGAAUAACAGAUCGCAUGUUUAUAAGGCGCCUUUGGAUCGGUUUAUCCAUGAAUUUUUUGAGCGGAGCGUGAAGGCUUUGGAUCUUUGUAAUGCGAUUCGAGAUGGGAUUGAACAGAUCAGAGAGUGGAAGAAGCUAAUUGAGAUUGUUCUCUGCGCUUUGGACAAUCAGAGAAUGCUUGGGGAAGGACAGUUCCGUCGUGCUAAGAAGGCGUUGGUUGAUUUGGCCAUUUCAAUGCUCGACGAGAGGGAAUCUGCUGCCGCUCUGGCUCACCGGAACCGCUCCUUUGGCCGUCAAAAUGCUGCGUCUUCGAGAGACCAGCAUCAUCGGAAUUUUGGCCAUUUUAGAUCCUUGUCGUGGAGUGUGUCGCGGUCCUGGUCCGCUGCAAGGCAGCUCCAGGCGAUUGGGAAUAAUUUGGCGGCACCCAGAGCCAAUGAAAUUGUCUCUACUAAUGGAAUUGUGGUGGCUGUUUAUGCCAUGAACUCAAUUUUGUUGUUUGUAAUGUGGGCUUUGGUGGCAGCGAUACCUUGCCAGGACAGAGGGUUGCAAGUGCAUUUCUCGAUUCCUAGACAUUUUCCCUGGGCUGCAUCAAUACUGUCAUUGCACGAGAGGGUGCUUGAGGAGUCAAGAAAGCGGGAUAGAAGAAAUGCUUGCGGGCUGUUAAGGGAGAUUUAUCAGAUGGACAAGUGUACUAAAGGGUUGGCUGAAUUGGCUGAUUCUGUUCAGUACCCUUUGACAGAGGAAAAAGAGGCAGAGGUGAGGCUAAGAGUGCAAGAGUUGGGAAGGGUUUGUGAGGUAAUGAAGGAAGGGUUGGACCCACUGGAGAGACAGGUUAGAGAGGUGUUUCACAGAAUUGUUCAUAGCCGGACUGAAGGGCUUGAUUCCCUGGUUAGAGUGAACCACAACGAUUGAUAUCAUUGCUUGUAAGCAUUGGAUGGCAUGAUUUUGGGUGCUAAAACAAGAGCCGUAAAGAUGAUGAUUUGAGGCAUGCUUUUAAAAAUAAAAGGGUAAGGAAGCAAAAAAAAAAAAAAAUUCUUGUAUUUAUCAACAAAUAUAUUGUGUAAAGGACAUGUAGGAUAUGGAAAUUGAGACUCUUGUUGUCCAUGGUGCUGAUCUCCAGCUUGUCGUUGCGAUUGUAUAAUCAAAAUUUCCCAGUAAAUUUCAUCUUGCUAUUGUAGCUGACUUUGUGUUAUUAAUUUUGACUCCAAUGAUUUUGUUCGUUAA